GUGGGACGGUGGAGGACCGCUGGUCCCGGUUAGUCAGUCAGGACAGGAUGUCGGUGAGUGAGCAGAGACCGUUAUCACCGCCGCGGUCUCCCCUUCGGGCUCCGCGGCAGGAGGAGGAGGAGGAGCAGGAGGCGGCCGCCGCCGGCCUCAGUGUCAGGAUGCCGGCUUGGAAGCGGGAGAUCCUGGAGAGGCGGAAGGCCAAGCUGGCCGGCCCGGCGGCGGACGGCCGCAGCUGCAUCCCGAGCCGGGCGGCGUCCCAUAGCAACCGGGCGGAGCUGGAGGCGAGCCCGGGGGCCGAGGGCGGCGGCUCCGUGCUGCUGGAGAGUAUCGCUCCCGUCCAGGAGAACCCAUUCAUUCAGCGGGAGCGGCGGAGGAGGAGGCGGCUGGGGGCGGACAGUCAGUCACCGGGGACCGGGGAGGGCGGCGGGGGCCCGGGCCCGGGCCUGGGCCUGGGCCCAGCCCCAGCUCGGGGCCAGGAUGCGGCCAAGCCGCUGCAGCAGCUUCUCGAGUUGUACAGCCACAUGCCGGGGGUCCGCACCAUCCAGGCCGACAACAUCAUCAUCAUCGAGUCAGACCCGGAUUACUUCAGUGAGCCGGGCAGCCCGGCCCGGAGCCAGCCCCCCCAGGCCCAGGAGCAGCUGCUGCCCCGGCCCGGGCACGGCACCGUGGCCGAGAUCCGAGCCGCCGAGGUGCUGGUCUACGAUGGCACGCUCAGCCGGAGCGAGGAGAACCUGAGCAGCCUGGGCAGCGGCGACGCCGGCCCCCCGGGGCCCCUGCACGGGAAAGUCAGCCGCCUUCUCGAGAAGUUCGACCGCAACUACGUGAAGCCAAGCCGGUCGCGGAGCACGGAGAACCUGCUGGACGGCUUCUCCCCCGCCCGGGACCGGCCCCGGACCCGAAAGCCACUCCUGUUGCCAAAGCCCCUGUCCGUCCGCCAGGCCGGCCAAGGGCCAACGAGUGCGGGCCCCAAGGGGCUCCGCUCCCCUGGCCCUCACCGGGACUGCCUGUCACCCCCAUCGCAGCCCAAACCUUUCCCUUUGUCCUCGCCGAUCAGGUGCUCAGGCCCCCCAUCCCCUGGGCGCACGCCUCCUGCCUCCUCUGUGUCCUCGCAUAGCCAGGGGGAUGCUAAGCUGGCUGCCAGUGACAGGACUGAGCCCGAAGGCAGACCCUUCUCUGUAUCCUCUUACCGCAAGCAGUUUGAGAGUGGACCUGCUACUGGGCAUCUCAGGCAGAAAGAGUCAACCCCAAGUCACACCACUCCCGCUCACCAAAACGGCAAGAGCAACUCGAAGGAUCGGAUCAUCGAGAAUAAGGUAAUGGAGAACGGUCGCCCAGAUCUCGAUUUAAUGAGAACCGAUUCAUUCUCUGUGAAUGGAGGAGAAGUGGAUAGUGAGGAUCAGGUGGAUGCAAGUGAACUUGGGAGUGGCCGGGUGCCUUAUUCUCUCAGUGCUGCCAACAGCGAGGUUUCUAACGUGUGUGUGGUCGAUCAGAGGAAAGCUUCUAAAUUAAGCCCUGAGAGACCCCAGCCUCCUGCAGCGGAUGCUUCCAAAUCUUUGCUUGCAAAAUCCAGUGCCACUCCCUCGGGGAAGAUGAACCAGGACCACAAAGUGGCAGGUUCAGCCAAAGUAACUCCAAACCAAUGCAACGGUGUAUCUGCUUCCACCAGUCUGAAUGACUCCUUUAAAAUCAUACCUGCCACACCUCCAGAUGUUUCAUCCAUUCCAAAAGACGAUAUUCAGGCAAGGGCACUGGCAAACCUCAAAAAACAGUCGAAGAACUCAUUUGUUGUGAUUCCGAAGAAGAGGGCGAGUUCCUCUGUAGCAUCCAGUGAAGCUUCUGAUUAUAAGGAAGCAAACCAUGACUCUUAUGAAAAGCCAAAAAAUGAAAAUGGUGCUUCCAAUGCAUCCAAUUCUGAAGCUCAAACAGACUGGGUCUCUGCUGUUUCCUUGGAUAGGAUUAGCUCAUCUGAUUGUGAACAGAGUAAUGAAGGAAAAUUACUUUUUGGAGAGCCUCCUCUUCCCAAAGCAGAUCCCAAGCCAAAGGAAGAAGAGGUUGUGGAUAAACCAACAUCAGGCAGUAACUAUGAAGUUUCUUCUAAGCAUAUGAAUGCUCCGAUUUCAGUUGAGGAAGAAAGAACAAGCUUGUUGCCUACUCCAAUGUCAGAAGCAGAGCAGAAAGCUGAACCAACUGUAACCCUCAUAAAAGUGUCAGCUCGGAAUGAUGACCUCCCAAUCACUAACAUAGAUGAUAUCUUGGGAUCAGGUGAGAAAGAAACUCCCAAGCAACCAAGCAGGGCCAAAUCAGCUGCAGCAAAGGACGAGCUUCCUGAGGAAAGAGUUGGUGGCCUACUUCACCCCUUUGUGCAGCGCAAGAGUGGAAACACUUUCACCGUUGUUCCUCAACGUAAGCCAGCGAGCAGAGCCCAGCAGACCUCUGUUGAUGCAAAUGAGGUUUCUCCAGCAAAUGGGACUGAUGAGCAAACAGUGGAAGAUCCUGAAGCAUCACUUGCCAAACUGGGAGUAUUGCUAAAGAAACGCUAUCCCCUUGCUGAGGAGAUACAGGUGAUUGGAGGGUAUCUGUCAUUGGAACGAUCCUGUUUGACCAAAGCUGGAUCCACAAGGAAGAAGAUGAAGAUUUCUUUCAAUGACUCCAGUCUGCAUACGACAUUUGAGUAUCCAUCAGAGAACUCCCUCAUACAGGAGGAGGAAUCUGAGGAGAGUGACAACGAUGAAGAGGAGCAGUCCUCAACAUUCUUCUUUCCACGUCCCAGCUACACCAGCUCUCCCACAACACCGAGCAGCCCCUUGCGGACUAACACUGUCGUCUCAGCUUUGACAAACUACGCUCCUAAACAUGCAAUGUCAUUCAACACAUGGCAGGAACAGAAGCUUGAUGAAUCAGUUUCUGGGAGGAACAACUCUCUGCACAGUACGGAAUCCUCAACUGAAGAUGAUAUGCUCACACCAGCAGAUGGCAGUUCACAUUCCGAUUAUAGCAGUGAGCCAGCGCUGUAUUUCUGACAAAGGAGAUGUGAUCAAGGAAUUGUGACAAUGCACUCCAACAUUUGGGAUUGGCUUACCAUGAAUCCUGGAAUAACAAAAGCCAGCUACGUGCCAUCUGAAAUGCAGCUAGCAGUUCAUUGAAAAGCUCAUCCCCUUACUGGAGACAUUUUGGGCUAUAUCUAAGGACUGAGGUUUCUCCUGAGGACAAGUUGACCUUUCAUUUCUCCAUGUCCUGUUUGUUGGAUUUCUCCCUUGCCUCUGAGGAGACCAGUCUUGAGAAUCAUGAGAUCCACGCAGCAUUUAUGUGACAGCUUUCAGAUUUGGAGGCUGGUUGCCUGCACACCAAGUUUACGAUUUGCACUUGCCCUCAAAGGGCUGUGACCUACAUUCCGAAAAUAUUCCUGAACACUGCCAUGGAUCCUGAAGCCCUGCAGAUAAUGAUCAUUCCUCAGAGGAGAGCUGUAUUACACUGUGCUUUGAUCUUGGCUACCUUUGUCCUUAAGAGUAUUGGGCCUGUAUGAGGGCCAGGCCCUGGGCCAUGUUUUCAGGGUUUGACUGUGUUCAAGCAACAUUCCCAUUUAUUAUAAUGUACUUUGGAUACUGUACUGUUAAAUAGUUCUGUCAUUUCCACUGUGCCACAGUUUUUACUGGUGGUGGUCCUGGUCACCGGGUGUCCUCAGGACUCUAACCAUUUUCAUUUCUGUUUCUUUAAUAUUGUAAUUGUCCUGGCACUCCGACUUUCGAGCCUCCUGGUGAGGUCGAGCUGAGCGGAGGAUUGUUUGAGUAUGAACUGAGAAUGCUAAACUCCUCCCAGAGUUCAGAGACAGGAAUUUGUCAGAUCCUCUUUGUGAAAUGUAUUUUGUGCCAUGUAUUCACUGGGCAGCUAGGACUAUGGAAAGCACUUCCUAAAUAGGGAACAGUGAGAGUGAGUGAAAUAGGCUUAUUGUUUAUGCAGCCAUCACACUUGUGUGAAAGCCUCUUGGUGCCUUAGGCUGAGCCUAUCAGGUAUUAAACUUUCACCUCGUUUCAAAUUGCCAGUGAUUAAGCACAAAGCCUUUCCUCUGUCUUUGUGCAGCUACUUGGCUUCAACAUUGAAUAUUGGGUCACCUUUGCAAAAACAUUCAUAAGUUUACUUAAUAUAGUUUGGAGCAUUCACCAAUUGGGUUUAGACAUGUACAUUGUUUUCAUUGUUAGCAGAGGCAAUUAAUUUAAGUUCUGCUGUGACCUAGUUGGACAAUGCAAUGCACCAUACCCACAGAACAAAGUGUUGCAGUCCUUGUUGUGGAGUAUAACAAUCCAAGCACUACCUUGGAACUACUCUUCAGUGUUUUAUCUUGAUUGUGGUGGAGCUGGGAAGCAGUUGCUGCUCAUAGUAAUUCUGAUCCAGUAGUGCCCACUGGCUUUACUGGAACAAGUUGGAAAGAACAUUAUUUACUCCAAUCACACCGAAGGCACCAUGUAUGUUAGCUAAAUGGUGUACAUUACAUUUUGUCUUUGGAUCUUAAAUUAGUUCCAAAUGAAGUUGUUGGGGGUAGAAGGAAAAAGGUGGAUUUAAAGCUGUAGAGUUAGGUUUGUGGCAGUGUGUUGAUUGCUGUUUCAUCCUUUUCAGAUUUUGUAAAAGUGAAUAUGUUUUGCAACUCUUGAUCCAGAGAAAAUGAUAGCAACAGAAUACCCUCAUUAAUUCGACAAUGUAUCUUUUAUUCUGACAAGGUAGAAUUUGUAGUUGCUAAAGGUGUUUUUCUUACUAUUUUAGAAUAUAUUGGGUUGAAUCAGGAAAGAGAAAAGGAAUAUUGAAUGUCUUGGGAUAAAUGUCCUGACAACUAACUUAAUUCUGUAUACACUCCAGUAAAAUACUAUCAAUACAAUUUGCCUUGAUUGUGUCUGGCUGCAAUUUGAUGUUUCUUUUAAUUUUUAGAAUGUUGUCCUUUCAACCCUUUCAUUCAUAUUGGAAUAGAAACCUGGAGACAAGACAUAGCAAGUUAACCCCCUUCAACUUUUGUCCAUGAAGGUGAUUAAAGAUUGUUACUGUUUGCUGGAAAUCGGAAAGAUUUCAACUCAAUUUCCUGACAGCAUGUGUUUACAAUACAAAGAACACUUGUAUUUUACCCAUUGUUGCCGAAUCAUCUAUGGGAUGAAUAAAGUCGGAGGCUAAUCCUGUGUAGGUCCACAAUUGCAAUUGACCCAGUUUGGUAAUUGUAAAUGUGCUUAACUUUAUCAAAGUGACCCACAUACUUUGUUAUUGGCAAAAAAAUCUCUUAAGUUGCUAAGUUGCAAUCUAUGUGCAUUAUUCUUCCUUUCGAGUAAGGGCUGAAAUUUGGAAUGCACCUUCACUUCCCUUUUGUGGUAAUCACCUUGAUCCCGGGCAAACAUAUUGUCUGCUGUGGGCCAGCUACCUCUCGCAUGCCCCUUCCCUUAUUGUUCACCAGCAGGAUUUGUGAUUGUACAAUUGAAUAAAUUGAUAACUAGCAGCAGGUUAGUUACCACCGAGAAAGAAAAAAACAGGCUAACCUUUUGGGUAUAGUACUUUGGUCAGAAAUAAUUUCAAUCAAAGGUUUGUAUCCAAACUAUUGAUGCCUGAUUCCUUUGAAAUGCUGAUCAGACUACUGUGUAUUUCCAUUUUCUAUUUAUUAAUAAUGCACUUUUCCUGAACUUCCACUUUGCUAUCAACUGCUAAGUACAUUUGUUAAUGCAUAGACAGGACUUUAGUAUCUGGAGAAACUAUUUGCUCCACUUUGUAACAUCCUUCACUUCCAGCGACAGCAUAACAGUAUCUAGGGAGCCCUUGCUGUGAUGCAAACUUCUAUUCACAACUAAAACACUUGUCAAUCAAGUCUUCCAUGCCUGUUGACGUGACCCAUUCUGUGACACCAAAUACUAAUUAUAAGUCAAAGUGGGAGCCAUGAGUUUUAAGUGAGUCCACACCAAUCUUGUUUUGAACGUUCCUGGCAGUACAAGGCAUUGCAUUAUGGUUGGAAUGGAUUCCAGGCACAGGAAAUAUUUAAUAAAUUGCAUAUGCACUAAUGAAUUUUGCACUUAGAGGUUGAACUAAAUGGAAAGAACCUGAAACUUGCCAGCGUUCAGUCACAUGGCCAAAUGUAUUGUCCAUUUUUGUAACAUUCACCUUUGUUGCAUGUCUUAGAAAUGCACAUUGUUUUUUUAAAAAAAAAGCUUUGUAUAGUGAUGGACAUACUGCAGUGUUUCAGCUGAAGACUUGUUCUAUAGAAUAAUACAUAAUGCAGAUUUUGAUAGAGUUCUUAUCUUUGGUUGUAGAUGUAAUUACUGUAUAAUGUUUUCAGACAUGAUCAACUGUUGAUUUAAAAAAAAUAAAAAAAGAUACACUGGCAAA